ACCUUAAUAGUUUCCUUGAGAGCUUAAUACUCUUCCUUUUUGUGGGGUAUCAAUGGAGGAAGGUGGUCAGAAAGAGUUGCAGCUACUCCCUUCUCAACACUCUUCUUGUUCUUAUUCACAGAUGAGGUCCCGGCCUCCUGAUUUUUCUUCGUUGAGGUAUCGAUCAUCAUCGGCGACGGUGUCUGAUCAUCAACAAUUUGGAGGACCAUCUCUAGACUUGCAAUUAUCAAUCAGUCUGAGUCCAAUCCAGGCACCAUCUAACUGUGUUUUAACAGGUUCCAUUUGUGAUUUCAGUGAUGGAAAUAAAGCGGAUACGAGUUGCGUGGAGGCGAUGAAAUGGCAGGCAGCUGAGCAAAUUCGAUUGGCUACCAUUGAAAAAGCUUAUGCAGAGAGAGUGAGGGAGCUGACAAGGAAGGAGAUAGAGUUAGCGCAAUCGGAGUUUGCAAGGGCAAGACACAUGUGGCAAAGGGCUAGAGAAGAGGUGGAAAAAGCGGAGAGAAUGAAGGAGAGAGCCACAAGGCAGAUAGAUUCUACGUGCAUGGAGAUCACUUGCCAAUCUUGCAGGCAAAGGUUCAAGCCUUAAGUUAAUAUAUAUGCUUGUGAUGAGAUUUGAAACCCUUGAAGACAAGAUGAGAAAGAUAUUAUAUUCUAUAUAGGGGCCAAAUUGCUGAGUUUGAAUA